AUGAAGGUGGUCGCUGCUUUGCUCGUAUUCGCGCUGUCCAUCGCGGACCUUCACGCUCAAUGUCCUGACCCGGGAUUCUUGACGGAUGCUGCUGGCACAAAAGUGUGCGCUCGCAUGUUCGAAGACAGCCACUACUACUAUGAGCAGAGUUGUAAAGGAGACUACCUUGACACUUACGCCGGCGACGACUACCCUUUUAUGCCGAAAGGCUGGAGCAACCGAAUCUCCUCACUGGUCGUGUCUAAGUUCUGCAGUCUCACCGUGUGGGAACGUAGUAGGAAGGAGGGGAACAGGCGCAAAUUUACUUCGGGCAUACAGUACCGCCUGAAAGACGUCGGUCAGGGUCUGCUCAGCGAUUGGGACAAUGACAUCUCUGCAUACUACUGCGAGUGCUAA